AUGCCUGUACCAAAGAUGUCUAAGUACAAGAGCAAUGAGCCAAAUACCAAAAAAAUUAAGGAGGAGCAAAUCGACACAUUGAUAGAAGAACUAAUGGACAGCUCCAAGAAGCUAACUCAUGCACAAAAGCAGACCAAACGCGAUUUGGAGGCUUAUUUGGUGAAGAAAUUGCAGCAGUACGACAAUGAAGAGGAAGAGGAAAGUGAAAAUAGCGCAUCUUCUGAAUCUGGUACUGAGGACUCUGAGUCGGGCAGCGACUCAGAAACUAAUUCAAGCAGUGAGUGUAGCUGCUGCUGGUCCGGCAGUGAUGAUGACUCUGAUACAGAUAGCAACAAGGAUUCGGAGUCCGACAGCGAAGAUGCAAGUGAUGGUGAUGUUGAAUCUGGAAGCGAUGAUUCUGAUGAAUUCUCGGAGGAAUAUACAAUAAAUGGCUACAGUGAUGAUAACGGAGAUUUUUGA